UGCCCGCCUUAUCUCACCAUCCCAAAAACGUCACUUUUGGCGAAACAUGGGAACUCUCUCUCACGUUCACGCAACUGCACUGUGGUCUCAUGUUUCCCUUGCAUAUCUCUAAAUGAAAGAUGGCCAAUCUGUGAAUAGUGAGAUAGGAAAUUUAUCUCCACUCAAAUCAUCAUGGAAGCUGCACCACUCACGUUGGCUCAUGCCCACGCGAGAAGUGCUGUCAAAGAGCUUCAUAAGUCAAAUGCCACUGCUGCCAGCGAGGAACAUGAAUUGGCAGCCGGCGAGUUUGCACACGCUGCCAAAGGAAGCAACGAUGCAGAGGCCCUUCGCACCUUGCAACUGCUCGAGCAGCAUCACCAGAAGCUUGCACAGAUUCUAAAAUUCAGAUCCUCCGUUCCCACUGCAUCAGCUGGGCCUUCUGAAAAGGUCGACACAACCUCAGAUGCCGCAACCUCUGUGCCUUCCCCCCAGCCUGGGUCACCGAUUCCUGCCCAAUCGCCAUCUUCCCUGAAAACUGCAAUACAGCAACAGCAGCCUCCAUCCUUGCCUACACCUUCCCGUGCACCCACUAGAGACUUGAGCUCGUCCAUAGCCAGCAAUCUUGCCACAGCACGUGGAAUUCCCGCCAACCAGCAGAGACGAGCCCAGCCGGUCUCUCCCACGCUCACGGCACAGCAUGCUGGAGGAAAAGUGUCAGGUCCCGCCAAGGCCAGAACACGGGCAACGAAUUCCUCCAAUGCGGAAAAGGCUGGCGCACAGUCUCCACCCAAACUCAUGACAAAUACAAGCUUGAAAGAUUCUCCUACUGCACAAUCUCCGACUCGAGAGGUGGAGAAGCAAAAAGCCAAUACAGCUUCCAAGAAGAUUCCCGCCUCCAACGACGAACCUUUUCAACGCUUUUAUUCGACAUUUGAAGGCUUCCUAUCUCGACUAUCCGCUCCGCUUGCAUUUGCCGGACUUCCUUUGACCAGCGAGGAAUCCGCUCCACCCGCGCCGCCCCAAGAACUAGUCCAACGGCAACGACCAAGUCAGGUCCAGACAGCUGCCAAACCCGACAAACAAGAACGUGCAUCGGCCGAUCCCGAUGUCACCAAGCUCUUCUCUCGCGCUGCCUUGCGCGCCAUCCGUGAAGAGAACGGAGCCAGCACAAGCGGACCAUUUGGCGGCGCGGAAAGCUUCUACGUAGUACCCACCACCGGCGGCACAAUCAGCUAUGCGGGGAUCCUCUCCCGCGCAGAACAGGAUAGCGCCCGUAACUCUGCCUUGGGACUCGGCAGCACCAGCGAAGCCGGUGAUGAUCAAAUGGACGAAUUCGUGGAUGCCCGAGAGAGCCCUCAGCCUAGCUCGCCCAACCUACACCGCCGCUUAGGGUCGGCGAGUAGUAGCAGGCUCGCGGCGACAGGCACAGCAUCCGGAAUAGGACUGGGUGUUACGUCUCGCAGAGCAAACAAGACUAUGGAAGAGCUCCAGCUUGAGAAUUCAGCUCUCAAACAACUCUCAGACACACUUAGCCGUCGACUACACAUGUGGGAAGCCAAUGCUCAAUCUUCCUCCUUGGCUCUGCAGCAGAGUUUGCGCGCCAUGCAUCCCAACAUGUUGCCUCAAAUGCAGCAAUCAAAGCCUGCAAGUCUCACCACUGGAACAGGAGCAGGCGUUGCUACUGUCGGAGCCACAGCAGCAUCCACAGCUCCAGGCUCAGAUGCAGACCGACUUCGUGAGAUUGAAGAACAACUCCGUCUGACGCGCCGCGAGCUCGAAAAGACUGCUCAUGAGAACGAAAAGCUCCGCACAGUCGUAUCUCGGUAUCGUGAGCGCUGGUCCAAACUCAAAGAAGGCGCUCGCGUGCGCAGAGAAGGAGGCGGCACAACGAGUGGCGCUGGCGGUGGAAGUGGUGGCACCACUCCCGUUGCAGGUGGGCCAGGUACCGUCCCCCCUGGCGAAGUUACAGCCGGCGGAGCAGCUGGCGUUGCAGAUAAAUUGGAAGAUGUCCCAAUGUAAAAUCUCUAGCAAUAAUUAAAGAACGUUAUAAUAACAGUUGUUUAUUUUUUUUUAUUAAUCAUACCAUCCU